GCGAUAGUCUGUUCGCGGAGCUCUCUAUACUAUGUCACGCGCUGGGAAGGAGCUUGCAAAACAACCUGAAUCAAUAAAGCAUGCAGAACGACCUUAUUGAUGGUGGAAUUAGAUAAGCUUCUAUGAUGACACUUCACGAUGGUGACAUAAAGGCAUCUGGAGACAAACAAGCCCUUUUGGAAUGAUGCUGAGAGAUGACAGGAUGUCCUCUACUAUAAGGCCACGGAAGUGUCUUAUUUUGUGUAUAUUUAUAACAAUCCCUUUGCUGGGGUAUUUGUGGUUUUACCCAUCAUGCCAUGGCUUCCACACAGCGACCUCCUUCACAACGGACAGCGUGUACUCGGUGUGGCCACAGUUCACAACGGAGACAGUGUUCACUCAGGAAUAUUUUGAUGAGCGUUGCUUCCGUAUGACGGAUAUGUCAAUAGCGAAGUUGGAUACCUUUGUAAAGGAGUGGGGACAAUCUUCAAAGUCUGAAUGCAGGGAUCUAUACCAACGCUUUGCAGCUAUGUUCUCUGUGUCAAAGAGACCGACGCCACUUAUUUUACCAAAUCCAUUCAAAGCCAAGGUGAAGAAUUGGCUUGGCAACAAUGAAGAGCUCUUCCAGCAGGUGUAUAAGCAGGAAGUGACUCAUGUUUUCAAUCGGGUUACCCGGGAAUACAACAUCUUCAACCCACUGAGGGAUAAACGGCCCAUGAAAACACCCGCUGAGCCGGAGAGACAAUAUGUCGAAAGACUGAUUGUGAACAGUAGGGAAUCCUGUGAUUUCUGCAAUUAUAAAAAUUUUACAGCUGAGCACGAGACUCACCGCCUGGAGUCCUCCAUGUCCUACACAGCGUCCAACACCUUCAAGAUGGAGAAGUGGCAUGCCCUGUUCAUGUUCAAGAAACAUCACCCGCUCAACUGGAACAGGGAGGAGUUCAUGGACCUCAUGAAACUCUCGCAAAAGUGGUUCGAUGUGGCCCACCAGCGUGACCCCGCCGCUCAGUACCGGGUGAUGGUGUGGGACAUAUUCCCCCACGCAGGGGCCAGCCAGAUCCACCCCCAUGUACACGGAUUCCUCAGUCCACACAUAUACCACGGUGUGGUGGAGGCGUGGAGGGAGGGGGCGGAGGAGUACUACCGCAGGUACAACAACAACUACUUCACCGACCUCGUCUCCGUGUACAGCGCGAUGGGGCUGACAGUCACACAUGGGGCAGCUGUGGCCAUUGCUAGUAUAGUACCUAAGAAGGACCAUGAAGUCAUCAUCCUGAGCCCCACACCUGGGGACAGUUUCUUCCAACUCAUCUACUACACACUGAGAGCCUUCAUUGAUGAUAUAGACAAGCUCUGCUUCAGUAUGGGUAUAGGGCUUCCGCCUUUGGGUUCUGACUUAGGCGGUAUUCCAGCAUAUGCCCGUAUCGUGACACGGGGGGCCGUGGCGGAUGUCAGGACAGACAUGAGCUCCCUUGAGCUGUUUGCAGGUACAAAUGUGAAUAUUGAUCCCUAUAAGGUGAUCAAACUGGUACGUGCCUCUGUCAAACGUCGCCAUACUGGCUAGUGCUCAUACUCAGUGCAUCAUGGGAUAUAUGUGGAGUCACUAUCCGAGAUAGUGCUGACAGUGCAUCAUGGGAUAUAUGUGGAGUCACUAUCCGAGAUAGUGCUGACAGUGCAUCAUGGGAUAUAUGUGGAGUCACUAUACAGGAUAGUGCUGACUGUACAUCAUGGGAUAAAUGUGGAGUCAUUAUACAGGAUAGUACUGACAGUGCAUCAUGGGAUAUAUGUGGAGUCAUUAUACAGGAUUGUCCCGACAGUGCAUCAUGGGAUAUUUCUGGAGUCACGUGAAAAUGAUGUUAAGCCAUGUUACUGAUACUGUUUAGAUGUGAGUGAUUGGUUCGUUUGAACUUUAUGUCAAGAAGGGUCUUACAAUUAUGCCAAUUUCUUGCAAAAAUAUUGUUUUAUGAAUAGGACUAUUUGAGACCUAUCUAUA